AUGGACCCGUUUUUCGGUCUCUCUCUAAUCUGGGUGUCGGGCAUUAUAUUACUCGGAUCCGUGGUGUCGGACCAGAUUGUACCCGGGUCGAGGCUGUAUGCGGGAGAGGACCGGGCGUGGGUCUCUGAUAACGGGUCAUUCGCUUUCGGGUUUGCCCCAGUAAGCUCGAAGGAGGAUCGGUUUCAGUUGGGCGUGUGGUACGCGCAGAUUCCUGGAGAUCGGACGCUUGUCUGGUCGGCUGAUAUAAACUCUCCAGUCCCACGCGGCGCCACCGUGGAGCUCCAAACCGACGGCGACCUCGUCCUCCGCCACCCGUCCACCACCACCACCGCCUGGUCGUCCAACACCUCCCUCCUUGGCAUCCAGUCCGCCUCCAUGUCCGAAAACGGCAACUUCAUCCUCUUCGGGCCUGGCCUCCAGCCCGCUUGGCAGACCUUCUCCCACACUUCCGACACCCUCCUCCCCGGCCAGCCCCUUACCGUCUCCCUGGAGCUCAAAUCCUCCUCCUACACUCUCAAAAUGCUCCAACAGCCCAACUCGUUGAGCCUUGCUCUCGCCUUCAACACCCCCGAGCCCGGCUCGAACCUAACCUACUGGUCCGGGCCCGACAUCUCGAACGUCACCGGAGAUGAAGUCGUUGCCGUCCUCGACUCCGCCGGAAAUUUCGGCAUUCUCUACGGUCCCUCCGGCGAAGGGGCCGUUUACGUGUACAAAAACGACAACGAGAGCCGGUCCGCCCUCAAUCGGACCGGGCCCGGCCCCGUCCCUCGGAGACUCACGCUCGAGACGAACGGGAACCUCCGACUCUACAAGUGGGCCCAUCGGUGGGUUUCCGAGUGGGCCGCCGUUUCGAACCCCUGCGACAUCGCCGGAACGUGCGGGAAUGGUAUAUGCCGUUUGGACCGGAGCCAGACGAACCCUUCCUGCACGGGCCUUCCAGGUCAUCCUGUGGGAAAAUGCAGCCCGAAUUCCGAGAUCUCGGUCGUGCAGCAGACGGGCUACUAUUAUUCGGAGUCUUCGGUUAUAGCGAAUUAUAGUGAUCUGGAGACGGUCUCAAAGUGCGGGGACAUGUGUUUGUCGGAUUGCGAGUGCGUUGGGUCGGUUUACGGGUUGGAUGAGGAGAACGCGUAUUGUUGGGUAUUGAGGGAGUUGGAGUUCGGGGGGUAUGAGAAUCCGGGUUCCACGUUGUUCGUUAAAGUCGAGCCGGGUAGUGGCGGAGGGUCGUCGGGAGGAUUGAGCGCGAGACAGGGGAAAGUUCUAGUGCUUCCGAUUGUUUUGAGCAUGACUGUUUUGGUUGGCCUGCUUUUCUGCUUGUUGUACAUCAAUGUACAUCGGAAGAGGAAAUUGAAGAGGGCGCUCGAGAGCUCGUUGAUUGUGUCUGGGGUGCCGGUUCGUUUCAGCUACCGGGAUUUGCAGCUGAAAACGAGUAGUUUUUCGCAGCUUCUUGGAACUGGUGGGUUUGGGAGUGUGUACAAGGGAUGUUUGAGUGAUGGAACCUUGAUUGCGGUGAAAAAGCUGGACCGGGUUUUGCCGCAUGGGGAGAAGGAAUUUGUUACCGAGGUGAACACGAUCAGCUCCAUGCAUCACAUGAACUUGGUUCGCCUUUGCGGGUACUGCUCGGAGGGAUCGCAGAGGCUCCUAGUGUACGAGUUCAUGAAAAACGGGUCCUUGGACAAGUGGAUAUUCCCUCCGUACACUUACCAAGGGUCCCUCGACAACCGGGUGCUCGACUGGUCGACUCGGUUCCGCAUCGCCAUUGGGACCGCGCAGGGGAUAGCGUAUUUUCACGAGCAAUGCCGAGAUAGGAUAAUACACUGCGACAUCAAGCCCGAGAACAUUUUGCUAGACGAGAAUUUCUGCCCGAAAGUUUCAGAUUUCGGGCUCGCUAAGCUUAUGGGCCGGGAGGCCUCGCAAGUCGUGACUAUGGUGAGGGGAACGAGAGGCUACUUGGCUCCCGAGUGGGUUAGUAAUCGGCCGAUCACUGUAAAAGCCGACGUCUAUAGUUACGGGAUGCUUCUGUUGGAGAUCAUCGGAGGGAGGAGGAAUCUCGACAUGAGUUACGACGCGGAGGAUUUCUUUUACCCUGGGUGGGCGUUCAAGGAAAUGACGAACGGGACACCGACGAAAGCCGUCGACAGGCGUCUUGAAGGGACCGUGGAGGAAGAGGAGCUCGUAAGAGCACUAAAAGUCGCGUUUUGGUGCAUACAAGACGAGAUCGUGAUGCGGCCCACGAUGGGUGAGGUCGUGAAGAUGUUGGAAGGGUCGGUUGAGGGGAUUAACGUGCCGCCGAUUCCUCAAACGGUGUUGGAGUUGGUCGAGGAAGGGUUGGACCACGUGUACAAGGCCAUGAAGAGGGAGUUCAACUUCAAUCAUUUUAGCUCGUUCACUACCUCUACUCAUCAUCCUUCCUCUCGUGCUACUUGUAGUUACUCAACAAUGUCACCAAGAUAA